CCACCACAAAGUGGCGAUUUCACGACGAGGGACCGCGGCCCGGUGAGCGACAGAAACCCGUAAAAGGGUUUCUGUCUUCUGCGCUUUUGGGGGUGGGGGAGAUUUCAGCUUCGCCUCGCCAUGGCUCGGGACGUGAAAAGCAAACUAUCCAAGAAUCUCCUCCGCAUGAAGUUCAUGCAAAGGGGCUUGGAUUCAGAAACCAAAAAGCAACUUGAGGAAGAGGAGAAGAAAAUAAUCAGCGAAGAACAUUGGUUUCUGGAUCGGCCGGAACUGAAACAGAAAGAGAGCCUCGUCAUAGAGGAAAGAAGCUUCGCGAUGUGUGAAGACCUUCUGUAUGGCAGAAUGUCCUUCAAAGGGUUCAAUCCUGAAGUCGAGAAGUUAAUGGUCCAGAUGAACUCAAAGUACAAGACAGAAGACAUCGGGGAGGAAAAAAAUGUAAAGGAAACUGAUGUAUCGGAUGAGGAAAUGGCUAGAAGGUAUGAAACGUUAGUGGGAACCGUCGGGAAGAAAUUCCUGAAGAAAAGAGACCGCCACGUUUUGCAAGAUCCUACGGAGUUGGAGAGCAAUGAGAGGAGGCCCAUCAAAGUGAGAAAAGGAUUUUUGAAACCCCAGGAUUAAUGUCAGAUAUUGUGUGUGUGUACCCGCAAGGGACAGAAAGUUAGAGUGCCAUUUAUUUUUGUAAAUUGUUGACUCUCCUGGACAGAACUGGUCCUUCCCCCCCCACCACCAAAAAAUACCUAAUGGAUGUUAUACAUCCUCUCUUCCCCAUGCACAAAUUUUUGAGGAGCACUAAAACAGAUAUAAGUGGUUGUUGGUAAAUACUGUAUUUUUCGGAGUAUAAAAUGCACCUUUUUCCCCCCUAAAAGGGGGUGAAAAUUUAGGUGCUUCUUAUAUACCAAAUGUAGCCCCGCCCACCCACUGGCCCCCACCCUUUGGCCUCUGCCUCGCAGCAGUUACCCCCUUGCAAGCAAACAGCAAGAAAAAACAGCUUCAGCACAGCCUAAUUAGCACAAGUUGAUUGGAUCUGCCUCCCAACUCUCAGCUGAUUUGCUCUCAGCUGUUUUGCGCAGGGCUCUGCUGCUUGCUGCAAAGAGGUAAAUUGCUGGAGCAGAUUUUUGUUUCCUUGUGCUAAUCAAGCUAUGCUGAAAACAAAAAUGGAAGUAAAGCAGGCUGUUUGCUGUUUGCUGCAACGAGGCAAAAUUGCUCAGAGCCAGAGGGAGAUUUCUUUUUCUUCUUUUCCUCACCCAAAAAGGUAGGUGCGUCUUAUACGCUGAAAAAUACAGUAGUAGGGAAAUGGUUCCUUUUUUAAGAAACAGAAUUCAAGACUUGGUUUUAUCUGCUUCAUCUUGAAAAACGCCUUCCUAAGGGGCAGGCGUUUUUAAUUUCUGAAGAUGUUCUCCAGGUGCCUUAGCAUCAUUUCCGUUGAGGAAAACACGGAUUCACAAAAGAAGAAGAGGGUUAAAGUGGGGGGGGGGGGGGAUGCAUCUUUUUGCUGUAGCCUCUUUUUUUGUUGGGGGGGGCAACUCCUUUCUUUAUCGGUUCUUCUAUCUAAUGUAUCAGCCAAAUGGGCCUAUUAUCACUUGGAAAUAAAUAAUAAUUAAGUUGUC